ACAUUAACAUGUCAUGACAAGGCAGAAGGACCGGUUUGUCGAAAGCUACAGUAUUUUACUGGUUCAACGCUGCACCACAGAUAAUAUGAUGACGUUAUCUGGCGUAAAUGAGAGCUACAGCUUGAGCUAGCUAGCUAUAUGUACCUGCAAGUUCAGCGAACUAGCAGCUAGCUAAGCUUAGCUAGUUAGCCUGCCAAGGAAAGCAAUGGCUUGAUUACAGCAUUUAGCUAGCAAACAACAGAUAUCUAGCUGCUAGUUAUUAGGUGCUGAUUGCAAACGUGGAUUUCCAACAUGUGGUGCACAUAGCACGUAUUUAAACAUUUAUAUGACUUGUAUACAUUUACAUUGCAUCUUUUGUCGAGCAAACCCCCAAAACACAGCGGGCCACAAAUGGAACCAGGGAGUUCGCGUGAAAGUCCAUCCGGCUCUGGGGGUCCCGAAAUGGCGGGCCUACGUGAGGAGACCCCCGGCGAAGAGGCUGAGGAUGGGGACAACUGUAUCCUGAAAGGAGGAGGAGACGGAGGCAACGAAAACACUCUGGACAAGAUGAAAGCAGAAUGUAAGGAUGAUGCUGUUACUGGGGAAAAGAUUGAGGAUACGGAUGAAGACAAAUAUGAAGAGGCAUUGGACCCUAGAAUUCAGGAGGAGCUUGAGCACCUAAAUCAGGCCAGUGAUGAGAUCAACAAGCUGGAACUGCAACUGGAUGAUGCUAGGUCCAGCUACAGGAGGAUCCUUACUGACUCAGCCAGGAAGCUCAAUGCUCAGGGCUCCCAGCUAGGCACCUGCAUCGAGAAGGCCAGGCCCUACUACGAAGCCCGCAGACUAACCAAAGAGGCCCAGCAGGAGACGCAGAAGGCAGCGUUGCGGUACGAGAGAGCCGUCUCCAUGCAUACGGCUGCCAGGGAGAUGGUGUACGUGGCAGAGCAGGGGCUCCUGGCAGACAGGAACACUCUGGACCCCACCUGGCAGGAGAUGCUCAACCACGCCACCUCCAAGGUGAACGAGGCAGAGGAGGAGCGGCUGCGGAGUGAGAGGGAGCACCAGCGGGUCACUCAGCUGUGCCAGGAGGCAGAGCAACGUGUCCAGACCCUCCAGAAAUCCCUGAAGAGGGUCAUCGUCAAGUCCAAACCUUACUUUGAGCUCAAGGCUCAGUUCAACCACAUACUAGAGGAGCACAAGGCGAAUGUGGUGCAGCUGGAAGAACGUGUCGCAAAGGUGAAGAUGCGCUACUCCGUCGCCCUGCGCAACCUGGAGCAAAUCAGCGAGCAAAUCCAUGCUCAGAGGGGGCGUGUCCGAGCCACCAGGGCCCACCUCGUAGCCUGCGGUGGGCGGAGCUCUCCAGUGGGGGCGGAGGCUGAGGUCAAAGCUGCGGUCGGGGUUCAGGUUGGAGGAGCCUGUGGCGGAGGAGGAGGCUUGGAUGAGAAGGACUGGGCUGAUGGAGAGAAGACCAGGCAGUGGGUGGAGAGACACAGAGAGCAGGGCUGGGGUCACAGGGAGAGGGGGGAGGCAGGGUCGGACUCCAUGUCUGACAUGAGCCUCCAGACCAUCGCCUCGGAUCUGGAGAAGUGUGACUCAGUGGGGCACCUGGGGGAUCUGAGUGACGUGAGCAGCCUGAUGGGAGAGGACUGGGAGAGGGACCAGUCCUUUUUGGCUGAGAACAGAGACCGAGACGGGAACCCCAGGGCAGAGGAGAGAGUUGUGAGGGACGUGAGCAGCCUGAUGGGAAAGGAGAGGGAGAGGUCCUUGAUAGCUGAGAACCGAGACGGGAACCCCAGGGCAGAGGAGAGAGUUGUGAGCAGCCUGAUGGGAAAGGAGAGGGAGAUGUCCUUGAUAGCUGAGAUCCGAGACGGGAACCCCAGGGCAGAGGAGAGAGUUCUGAGGGACGUUGUCAUCCCCACUCCAAGGCAGGAUAGAUUGGAGGAGGUGAGGGGGGCGAUACGGAGAGAGAGACAGGACAGCUUUGUCAAGCAGCACCACAGAAGUGUGAGUUUGUGAGUCCAGAAGAAUAGAAUGGGCUGGUGAGUGAUGAUGAUGAUGAGUGAUCAAAUAAGGGAAAGAGAUCAGAAGGUCAACAUCAUAGAAAAGACAUGGAGACUGUAGAAGCAUCCUAUUCCCUAUAUAGUGCACUACAUUUGACCAGAGCCCCCGUAGGUAAUGGGAUGUCAUUUGGGACGCUGCCUGCAUCAUUGGGACGCUGCCUGCAUCAUUGGGACGCUGCCUGCAUCCUUGUGACGAUGCCUGCAUCCUUGUGACGCUGCCUGCAUCCUUGUGACGCUGCCUGCAUCAUCGUGACGCUGCCUGCAUCAUUGUGACGCUGCCUGCAUCAUUGUGACGCUGCCUGCAUCAUUGUGACGCUGCCUGCAUCCUUGUGACGCUGCCUGCAUCAUUGUGACGCUGCCUGCAUCCUUGUGACGCUGCCUGCAUCCUUGUGACGCUGCCUGCAUCAUUGGGCGCUGCCUGCAUCCUUGUGACGCUGCCUGCAUCCUUGUGACGCUGCCUGCAUCCUUGUGACGCUGCCUGCAUCCUUGUGACGCUGCCUGCAUCAUUGGGACGCUGCCUGCAUCAUUGGGACGCUGCCUGCAUCAUUGGGACGCUGCCUGCAUCCUUGUGACGCUGCCUGCAUCCUUGUGACGCUGCCUGCAUCCUUGUGACGCUGCCUGCAUCAUUGUGACGCUGCCUGCAUCCUUGUGACGCUGCCUGCAUCAAUGGGACGCUGCCUGCAUCCUUGUGACGCUGCCUGCAUCCUUGUGACGCUGCCUGCAUCCUUGGGACGCUGCCUGCAUCAUUGGGACGCUGCCUGCAUCAUUGGGACGCUGCCUGCAUGCUUGUGACGCUGCCUGCAUCAAUGGGACGCUGCCUGCAUCAAUGGGACGCUGCCUGCAUCAUUGGGACGCUGCCUGCAUCAUUGGGACGCUGCCUGCAUCCUUGUGACGCUGCCUGCAUCCUUGUGACGCUGCCUGCAUCCUUGUGACGCUGCCUGCAUCAUUGUGACGCUGCCUGCAUCCUUGUGACGCUGCCUGCAUCAAUGGGACGCUGCCUGCAUCCUUGUGACGCUGCCUGCAUCCUUGUGACGCUGCCUGCAUCCUUGGGACGCUGCCUGCAUCAUUGGGACGCUGCCUGCAUCAUUGGGACGCUGCCUGCAUGCUUGUGACGCUGCCUGCAUCAAUGGGACGCUGCCUGCAUCAAUGGGACGCUGCCUGCAUCAUUGGGACGCUGCCUGCAUCAUUGGGACGCUGCCUGCAUCAUUGGGACGCUGCCUGCAUCAAUGGGACGCUGCCUGCAUCAUUGUGACGCUGCAGAGAGGAGUAGCAGGGAGGAGGGUGGCUGGUGCAUCAUGAAUAACAACGUGAGAAAGCGAGAAGAGGAAGUGUUAGGUGAUUUUAAACUAGGUGCCUGUGGGAAUUGUAGUUCUCUCACUCUGCUCUGUCUAUUGUGCAACACCGUAAAGAUAUCAGUGACCUGAGACUGCCAACGCAUGACAAAUCCACUGAGGCUCGUCUAAACACAAUGCUGAAUGUAGAUACAGAGACCACAUAACGUCCAUAACGUACACUUACUCUACUGACCGUUUCACAUGCGGGAGAAAUUUACGCAGCAAAGCUUAUUUUAGGAAUGUUAUUUUUAUAUUGACUUUAGUCCCUGAAUUGAAUUACCACAUAAUAGUUUGUUGUUGUUGCUCGUCCUUGGCAUGAACACAAGGCGUUAAUGCAAGCGACACUGCUCUCUCUCCCUCUUGAGUAGAAAUACAAACAGGAAUAUGAUUAUUGUAUUUUAAACACCUUCAGAUUUUUUUAUUUUUUAUUUUUUACCUUUAUUUAACCAGGCAAGUCAGUUAAGAACAAAUUCUUAUUUUCAAUGACGGCCUGGGAACAGUGGGUUAAC